AUGUCAACAAAGGUUUGGAUUCGACACACGCAACCUGGCACAGCCCUGGCAAAGGUUCAGGAGGCCAUCAGCAAUCCUGAAGCCACGGUUAUUCCCAAGCCGCCUUCUGACCUUGACGAAAUCAAGGCUGAUAGCGAUUCUUUCACUUUGGCUUCGUUCACCACAGAGGAUGCUUUCGAGCUAGGCAACCUUUUGUAUGCCCGCCUCUACCCUUAUGCCAUCCAAGGCAAGCCAACAGUGAUUUCAAUCGCUCUCGCAAACACUUCUCAAGUCCUCUUCCAGACUGUCACUGGCCCUGGAACAGCUCCCGAUAACGAGCAAUGGGUCCGCCGUAAGAGAAACACUGUCCUCAGAUUCGGUUCCAGUACUUGGUUCAUGCACAACAAGAUGAAGGGCGAUGAAGCUGCUUUCGCUGCCAAGUAUGCAAUCGCCGAUGCCAACAAGGGCGACUAUGCUAUCCACGGUGGAGCCAUUCCCAUCCGGGUUCGAGGCGUUGAAGGAAUUGUAGCUGUUGUCGUCGUGAGUGGAUUGAAGCAGGAUGAGGAUCAUGGAGUUAUUGCAGACGUCAUCAAGAACAACUGGACUUGA